UAGAGCUGAGGGCUGUUUACAGUACUGUUCAUAUUCACAAUCACAGACAGUGCAGUGUAACGCACAGACUAGUAACAGAUACAUUCUGCACGGUUUUUGUAUCCAUCCUAAUAAUGACUUCUGUUUUUAUAUUAUUUUUAUUUAUUUAGAUAUUUAUGUUAACUCCAUAUGUAGUUUAUCGUUUACCUCGUUUUCCACCGAAUUUUACUCCUGAAUAAUACCAUUGCUUAACUACCGGGUAUCAUUCCCCGUAACCAGCAGGCUGAAUUCCUCUUCAAAACGGAAUGCUAGAGUCAAUUAAAGUAACCGAAAGGCUUCACUGGCCAGAGCUGGAGCUCUCCAAGAAGUACUUACUGAGUCCUACAGAAAAACCUAUUAGUGUGAGUCAAUUUGGCUUCCACAGUCUUUCCUCCAGUAUCCUGAAAGAUGUUUUCACAACUGGAACCAGCAGCUACAAUGUCCUGCUGCAGACGAAAGAAGAGAAAAAGAACCCAAAGCCAUCCUCAGCUUAUCACAAAAAGUGCAGGAAGUUCCCCAAGUCUUCACCCACGACGCAUGGUAAGGAACCUCGCAAGACUAACACUCCCCAGCCACUGCCAGCCAAAGAGUGGGCGACCAGACAUUCAGCAAUAAUUGUCAGAGGUUGUUUCCCCAAUAAGUCUAAGCUCACUCGCACUAUCAAUGUCACAGGGAGCACCAUGGGAUUGUCGCCUAGGCCCAGGAGCAGGACCAAGAAGUUUUAUUGCUCUGGCCUCCAGAAGACAAAGCUAUCUCUGCUGCCCAAGACUCAAGCAAAAGAAGGGGAGAACUCCCUCAAGAAGCUCUGUAUACUGACUGCUAUCAAACCUUCCAAUGUAGAAAAGGAGAAGGCCAAGUUCUUUAAGUCGGAAUUCACCUACAACCCUCAGUUUGAGUAUGCCAAUCCGGCCUCUCCUCCUGUACUGGCAAGGCACAACAGUGCAUCUGAUAGAUUUUUAAGACAGGCAGUCAGGAUCAUGGAGCUAGCCCUGCAAAAAUAUGGAAACUAUGAGAAGUUUGAGCAGGCAACAGGUGGGAGCCUUCUUACCAAGAGCCGGAUUUGGUAUCAUGUGAAAAAAUACAUGGAGAAAGAGGGUUGCAUGGGUGAGAUUGUUGUUCACUUGACGGAUGACCUUCUUUCCAGAGCCUCAAUGACAGUUGUCAAUGGUCGGCCAACAUUAACCAUCAACAUCUCCAGUGCACGGGAACAUUGGCUGGAAGGCAUGUUAAGACAUGAAAUAGGUACUCACUAUUUUCGGGGCAUUAAUAAUAAUCUUCAGCCUUGGUGUAAUGGCAAUGGGCGUAUAAAGUACAGUCUGAAACCCACCAAUCCCACAGAAGAGGGUCUGGCUAGUAUCCACAGUGUGCUUUUCCGCAAGGACCCUUUCCUGUGGAGGGCAGCCCUUCUCUACUACACUGUGUACCAGGCCAGCCGCAUGUCCUUUACGGACCUCUUCCGCUGCCUCGAAAAGUUUGUCAAGGACCCCAGUACCCGCUGGGACUACUGUGUGCGGGCCAAGAGGGGCCAGACCAACACCUCUCUACCAGGUUGUUUCGGUAAGGAUCAGGUGUACUUGGAUGGCAUCCUUAAGAUACUGAGGUACAGGGAGAAAAUAAACUUUUCACUCUUGACAGCUCUUGGAAAGGUAUCUUAUGAGGAUGUGGAUCGGCUGAAGGAAAUAGCCAUGAUGGAGAAUGUGAGGAUCCCAUACUUCCUGCAGGAUCAGCACCGAUAUAUGGAGCAGCUGAACAAGAUCAUGGAAGUGAAUCAGAUUACUGAUGCAGAGCUACAGGUGCUUAUCUAAUACUAAUAUCGUCUGAGUUAAUUUCAUCUUGCCUUACCUUUCUAUCAGCAUUACUGUUUUGUAAAUAUAGUAUUGAUGAGCUCACCCCCCAAAAAGUAUAUAUAAUAAAACUCCUGAGGAACUGGUCAAUUAAAAACACUUUUUUUCUGGCAAUGUCAUGUUGAAUUUGAAUUUAAAGAGCAACACAAUACAAAUAGAUAUCAUUUCAGACUUGGUACAAUUUUAUAUGUAAAAUGUAUGCUUUGGUAUUCAUACAAAUAAUCACAGACUAUGAAAACACUCACAUGUGAUUGCUACUUCACAAAAAGGAAAUUAAUAACCAGAACUAUAAAGUUAAUGCUGUGUUCAAGUUAGGCUGUGAGAAAAAUAAACACAGUUUUUGUCGUUACAGUUCGUUGAAAAGUUUUGUAAAAAAAACUUUCUAUAGUCACCUAUUUUCAGUACCACAACUUUAGAAAAAAAAUGACUUUAUUAACUGUGAUUUAAUGAGGUCACUGUUUACACAGUUAUGGAUGUAUAGUGUUUCCACUAUGAAAAAGGCAUUAGAUAGUACUGCAUUGUACUACACUGUGAAGAAUAGUACUGUGUGUCAAAUGUGGUGUAUUCUGUGUUACCAGCAAUGCCUGCCGGUUCAUACUAAGAAACAAGGCCUAUAUGGGCUUGAUAUUUCACAUGUUUGUGCAAAAGAAUUGAUGGUAAUGUUUAACUGUAAUCACUCAUUGUUCUUAAGUACAGUAAGCCCUUUUGUUCACAGUCCAAACAGAAAAUAAAUAAAUAAAUAUUUCAUGUAAUGUCAUUGUUGUGCUGACUUGUCUUCCUAUAAGAGUAAAGGGAAUAAAAAAAUAAAUAGU